GUCACGUACCGCCAGCGCUUGGACAUGUACACCCACGCGGAAACAGCCGUCUUUGCGCAGGCUCUGCGCAUGCUUCCCCGGAAUCUACAUGGUACUUAUAUCACCCUGGCUCGAUCUCACUCCAACUCACCCCAAAAACCACUGUGCACAGAUUAUAUUCAUCCAACAUGUCGACGACCACCCCCGAGCCCACCCUCAUUACCACUUUCAAAGCUGCUGACCCUCCGUUCGAUGACACCGAUGCAGACAUCGUUCUCCGUUCCUCCGACAACGUCGAUUUCUACGUCCACAAAUGGCCCUUAUCCAGGGCCUCUUCCGUAUUCAAAGACAUGUUUUCCAUCCCUUCCUCAUACGACUCUUUCAAUGCCGACAAUGUCAAAGACGGUCUUCCCGUUGUGCGUGUCACGGAAGAUCGUCAAACGCUGGACAUCGUUCUGCGACUCUGCUACCCGAGAGACCAGCAGACCCUCACCCUCGAUGUACCGUCCAUUCGACAGCUGCUUCCGGCUCUCGAAAAGUACGAGAUGCUCAAAGACAUGACUGGGAUCCUUAAACCGAUGAUGUUGGCCGCUGCCAAAACGGACAGUCGCGCAAUGUAUGCUAUUGCUUGUCGAUAUCAGAUGCUCAAACUCGCGAAUCGCAUCGCGGUCUUAUCGCGCAGGCUCCUAUCCGAUGUCAGUUUCCCUUCCACCAUCGAUUUCUUCAGUAAAGGAGACUUGCAGUCUAUAUCAGGCCAUCAUCUCUGUCAGUUCCUCAUGUUCCAUCAACAAAGCUCCUCUGCCGCUUCCAGAGCUGUUCGUUCCGACUGGAGCGUUUUUGCAAUGUUUUCUAGAUCCGUCAGUCAAAACCCACCCUGUUACUGUUCUCAGGUGGAUUUCGCGACUACAAAAGGUGCAUUUCAUGGCCCAGAGUGGCUCUUGACAUAUUGCAAGCAAUGUGAAGAGAAUCUGAGAUCAAGGCCCCAUUGUGAGGUGGUUAUGGAGAAGGAGCUCAUCACUGAUAUGUGUGUAGCAGCAGCACAAUGCGAUGCUUGUCGGCCCCGAGCACGCAGGAUACACACUUUCUGUAAAAAAAUGAUGGGAGGUGUCAGACGUGCCCUUGAAAGUGUUCCUCUUCCCUUUCCGGAGGCCGAGUCCAAGGAGUAGAGGCAGAGCCUGAUUGUGAUGGACAUUCACGGCGCUUGUGUUUUCAGAUCGUGCGUCUAUGCGUCCCAACUCUUCUUGAAUAGUUCGUUCCGUACAGUUCCACUGUAUGCCAAUUGUUGAAUUGUUAUGGAAUGUGUCGUCAAUUUUGUCAUU